AUGGCUAAAAAACAAGCUGGAGAAAAUUCUAAAAAGGCAGCAGGUAAUGCCAAAAAACAAGAACAAGCAAAUAAAAAAAAACAAGAACAAUUAGAAAAAUUAGAACAAGAAGAAAUUUCAAAAUGGGAAGAAGGUUCAAAGAAGGGAAAUAAAAAAAAAGAAGAAGAACAAUUUAAAAAAGAAGAAGCAGCUAGAAAAAAACAAGAAAGAGAUCUUUUAUUACAAGCAGAAGAACAAAGUUUACCAUCAAAACCUUCAAAUUCCAAAAAAAGAGGUAGUGAAAAAAUUGCUGCAAAAAGAACUGGAAAAAUUGAUGAUUUUAUUGAUUUUAAUAAAGAUACUCCUGAAUUAAGUGCAUCUGGAUUAGAUAAUGCAUUAGAAGCAUUAGCAUUAACAAGUAAAGAUUCUGGAGUAUCAACAAAAGAUAUUGAUCGUCAUGCAGAAAGAAGAGUUAAAGCUGCUUAUUUAGCAUAUGAAGAUAGAAGAUUACCUGAAAUAAGAAAAGAAAAUCCUGGAUUAAGAUUACAACAAAUUAAAAAUUUAAUAUUUAAAGAAUUUCAAAAAUCAAAAGAAAAUCCAAUGAAUCAAGAUACAAAUAUAAAAUAUAAUGCAAAUAAAGAUGAUUUAGAAUCUAAAAAGAAAGAAGUUAGAGAAACAAGAGAGAAAAAAUUUCAUUAA